AUGGUGCUGCUCAGUCCGUCUAUCAGUGCCCUUAGGAAACUGCUUGCGGUUUGUGAGACGUAUGCGGAGACACAUGGAUUGCAGUACAACCCAAAGAAAAGUCAGGUGCUAAUGUUCAAGGCUGGUAGUUACACGCCAAGCUCUGUACCCCCGGUUGUACUGCAUGGAACCACACUGUCUGUUGUGGAUAAAGUGAAAUAUCUAGGGCAUAUCAUAACGCAAGACCUUAAUGAUGACCUAGAUAUAGAGCGGGAGCGCAGGGCAUUGGCUGUAAGGUCUAACAUGCUCGCCCGCAGGUUUGCUCGAUGCUCAAGAGAGGUAAAAAUUGUGCUUUUUAAAGCUUUCAAUCAAUCAUUUUACUCGAGCAGCCUGUGGGUGAAGUAUACGAAAAAAGCCUUAAAUGCCCUGCGCGUGCAAUAUAAUAAUGCACUCAGAAUGUUGUUGGGGCUGCCCACAUGGUGUAGCGCAUCGCGCAUGUUCGCCGAGGCCCAGACAGACGAUUUCCAUGCGGUUAUGCGAAAGAGAAUCGUCUCGAUGAUGGGUCGGCUUAGGAGCAGUACCAACAGCAUUCUGGAUGUCAUUGCAGAAAGGCCUGAGAAUCCUAUACUGGCGCAUUGGAUUCGCCAAGUUAUAGGCUUUCUUAAAUUUAGAAAAUAG